UCCAACAGCGUGAGCUUAUUUCGCAGCCAGUUAAUGGAUUUUAAGCCAUGCGUUCCGGCGUUACCGUACUGAAUAAAAACAAUGUUUUGCUAAACUAGGCCUAAUUUCUGCUGUCCCUAAGUCACAAAUUUAACUAACCAACGAAGCGAAUGUGUCAACUUCGCGUCAGCUUUUGAACCGGACUCAUCAGCAAUGUUAAUUGACAGACAAUAAACAAUUGUUUAGUGACUUCCCUAGUGUUUGAUGUCUCGCAAUACAUUAUUUUCUGAUAGCAUGAGUACUUCUCAGCCGUUACGGCCUGUUUUGAAUUGGGCAUCGGUGGCAUCAUGGUUCUUCAAGCCAGAAUCUGCCAUUUUUUCCAAAAUGACCAGCCACAGCUCCAAUAGUUCUCCAAUAUCUUCAAAUCCUUAUACAGAGUUAACCAAAAAUAUUUCGAGUGAAAUCACUGCUCAAAUUUUACAAUUGCCACCCGUUUCCAGUGUGGGAAGUUUCGACAGGCGAAACUAUCAACCGCCGAAAAUUUGUAAGCAAAUUCGCUGCACAAUACCGAACUGCAAUUGUGAGAAUUUCAUCCCGGGAAAGUUGCGACUACGCUACUGCGAAACUUGCAACCACGGUUGGGUACCUCACGCAUUGGACAAGUUGGGCCUGCGACAUCUCUUCAAUAUCAGUGCUCCUGAGCCGGUGCAUGUGAAUGUAGCCUUCGACGUAGCUAGUUUAAUAUUGUACGGAUGUCAAGCGUUACCGAUCCGCCUAAAAAUACUUCUCGAUCGAUUGUUUUCUGUGCUUCAAAAGGACGAAGUGAUUCAAGUGUUGCAUGGAUUUGGCUGGACAAGUGACGAUUACGCCAGAGGAUAUAUUUUGCAGGAGUCAUACGGCAGCACUCUGGACCGAUGGAGCAUCUGUAAUCCAGAGGAGGAGCCACUGGUCCUCCAACAAUUUCUCAGAUUUGGAGAAACUAGAGCCAUAACGCAGCAAUUGCUUCUGGCGCAACAGGCACUUCAGGAGCGCACCCUGGAGCGUCUGGAGCGCCGUCACUCGCCGCACCAUCGGGCAAUGUCCCCUAGUCGUCGUCCAUCUCCGCCCAACGUUCAUCCAUCAGUCUUCCACUCACAAGUGCACGCUAUGUCUCCACACCAAAAGCAUCCCUUGGGCUUUCUCAAGAUGCCACCAGUUUCCAAUGGUCCAAUUUCUUCAAACACACCUCCUAAUACUAUGGCCAGUAGUCCAUUGAAUCGACUUCAAAGUAUGACGUUCGAUUAUCGCAAACUUAGCUCGGCAGGCCUGCCAGCUUUCCCUAACCGCGUCAGUCCUGAUGUUGGAAGACGACGAACUGACAACGAAUCGGUCGGUUUGAAUUUAAGCAUAUCAACUUCUUUGGCCAACUGUUUGCCGCCUCCCCAUCCACCGACAUCAUUAAGCCACUCGGCUGCUGCAAUGGCUGUGUCUGCAAACGCGUUGGCUGCAGCCAAUUUAGUAGCAUCUUCAUUUCCUGCUCUAAUGUCGACCCGAAUGUCUACCGGAAGCAAAUCACCGUCAAGUGCUGAAUUAUUUCCUGGCAACGCUAAUAGCGAGGAAGAUGAUGAUGCCGACGAGAAUUCUCAUAGUGCGCUGAAUUUAAGUCGGGAUAGAGACUCUCUAAAAAAUCUAAAACAACCCCGUUUGUUACCAGGACGUAAACCAUCCUCACCAACUAAAAGACAGUGGGGUUCGCCAAGUUUACCGCUUAAUUUGGGUACUCAAUUCAUUAACCCGGCAACUGGCAAGAAAAGAGUGCAGUGCAACGUUUGUCUAAAAACAUUUUGCGAUAAAGGUGCGUUAAAAAUACAUUUUUCGGCUGUUCAUUUGCGAGAAAUGCAUAAAUGUACAGUUGAAGGCUGUAACAUGAUGUUCAGUUCGCGGAGAUCCCGAAAUAGACAUAGCGCAAAUCCAAAUCCGAAACUGCAUUCUCCUCAUCUUCGAAGAAAAAUAUCACCUCAUGAUGGACGAAGUUCACAAUCUCACCCCAUACUGAUUCCACCUCAAACCGGGCUGGGCUUACCAGCAGCUGCAGCAUUAAAUCCACUAAACCCAUUCGGUCCAUUUCCACUUUUGACGCCUCCUCCAGAUAUGAAAUAUCACUCGUUAGCCACAAUGGACUUCAAGCAGACACUCGACUUGAGCAUUCAAAGAAGUAUAGAAGAAAGUAAAACUACCGUCAAAGACUUUAGCGCUUUAGCUCUAACUUCCUCCAAUAACCAUCAUCAAUCAGACGAGGACGAAGAUGACGAGGAGGGUAUUGUAGUGGUAGGAGGAGAUGAUGACGAUGAUAUUCCCAAUGAGAAAAAUCACUAUGCAGAAAAGGAAGAAAUGAAAUAUGAGCAACGUAAUUCUGUGGAACGUGAUAAUGACCAUAUUCACAAAUCACCUAGUCAAGAGCUCCGACCUUCUUUGGAGGCUUCCGAAGUCGUAAUGGAACGUGUUGAAAUCCCCCGAGCUCAUAGUCCUAUACGGCCUCAACCAAUUUCCGACCAACCUGAAGACUUCAGCAUGCCUGCUAAAAAGCAAAAAAUGUCGAUAUCCGAUGCAGAUGAAGAAAUCCUAAGUAACAUUGACAGCAAUGAGGAUUCCUUAAGCAUUAUAGAUAAUCAAAGCUUAAAAGAUGAGGUCAGUAGCGUACCGACAAACAAACGAAAGAGAAAAAGCCAAAAUCCUACUCGUUGUGCAUUACCUCCAAUGUUAGAUGACCCUGUAAGCGACGGGGACUCGUCAAGCGACGUUUUCGCUGAACGAUUAGCUGAAUCUACACGCCGACUUGAAAUGGAAGCCAAAAUAGAACCCAAAAGAGAAGUGAAGGAAGAAAAUAGAUGUGAAUCUCCUUUAGACUUAGGGAAAAGAAGUCCCGAUGUCAAUGCGAACGAACGCGAAAAAGUCAUCGGUAGUGAAAUUAAAACCUCAUUAGCUCCACUGUUUUCAAUAGACAAAUUAAAAAAGGAAAAGCUAAAUCAUGAUUUUGACGCAGCUGAAGACACCGAAGACCGUCCAGCCAGUUCAGUGGAAAGCAAUAAAAGUGAUGAGUCCUUCGAUUCGUCUAAUGCAUUGCGCCACUUAGAGAGUCUUUCUCAUGGCAAUUUUAGCGAAUGGAUGUCGAAAGGGUUACACUUGGGACUAGGGGCACCUGGUAGUCAAUUCCCUCCGUUGGGGUUUAUGAUGAGUGGUGGGCCUCCCAGUCCAGCUCGCUCACAAACUUCUUCCGCUGGAAGCAGCAACGGAGGGGAAUCAGCAGACGAAAAUAGUCAAAAUCAGCUGUACGGACACUUUGAUAAUGGACAAUUUAUUAGUACCAUGGAUGUGCCAAUUGACAAAGACAACCCCAGAAGAUGUACAGCAUGCGGCAAAAUAUUCCAAAACCAUUUCGGCGUAAAGACGCACUAUCAGAAUGUUCAUCUGAAGCUUAUGCACAAGUGCAAUGUUGAUGGUUGUAAUGCCGCGUUUCCCUCAAAACGAAGCAGAGACCGGCAUAGCGCCAACUUAAACUUGCACAGAAAACUUCUUUCGACGAGUUCAGAUAAAGGCAGUCCUGGAUUAUCGCCCUUUGCCAGCUUUGCGACAAAUCCAGCUUUACAUGGAGACUUUUUAGCAAGAUUGUAUGCCGAUGAAGCUUUCAAGAACCACCACUUGCCCCCCAAUAUUGACCAACUCAUGCUCAAUGGAGACCGAAUUCCUCCGCCUCCUCUGCUGUUGCCUCCCCCAUUGGGCGUCUUGCCAUUUCCUCUAGGAAAUUUCAGUCAUUUCGGCCAAUUUAAUGGCUCAUCUUUAGCUAAAGAACGGUCUUCCACUUCAAGUUCUCCAGUAUCUUCAUCACCACCUCCGUCAAAUGUUCCAUCUAGUCCUCCGAAAUAUAUUCAUUGUGUAGAAGAAGACCUACCCACUCCUGACAAGGAAGGCAAUCUACCAUGCAGAUUUUGCCGAACAUCUUUUAGUACGCAGCUUCAAUUGAAGGAGCAUUGUGAGAAAAACCACCUAUCUGAAAUGUUCAAAUGUACAAUAAUAGGAUGUCCAAAAGUAUUUGUGUCCCGAACGCGAAGAAAUAUCCACUCGGAAAAUGAGUCGCUUCAUGUAAAAAAAGAGUCGGAUGUAUCGUGACCUCUAAGUAACGGGUUAGCUUUAAGAACUAUACCUCUUUGGUGGUGAUUGAUCUGUUAAAGUACUUAUCCGAAGUUAAAUAAGUUUGACAUGUGAUUUUUAGAUUAAUUGAGUUAGAUUUAAUGGAUAUUUGACUGCAAAAUGAUAAAAACAUUGAAGCAAAUCGUUAUUCAUAGCUUGGUUCUUUAGAUCUUUCCGUUUCGAUAGUUUUAUUAUUUUGUAGUUCAAAACUACACCUUUAAGCCAGUUGUUUUUAAUUUAUUAUGCUUGUACAAAAGAUUCAUCUAAAUGUAAAUUUAUUAGCCAGUCGUGCGAAAUACUCAUUUGUUUUGUAAAUAUAUACCGUAGUUUAGUGAUCUCUAGUACGUUGUGAUGUAUCAGAUGCUAUCCAUGUAAAACUAUGUUAAAAUUGCUCAUUUUUAUAAUCGAAUUGAACCUUAUACAAAUCUCUAAUGGAACUUGUUUGAUCCCUAGUCACACAAUGAAAUAUUAUUGGUGAAAAGGCUCAAAAUAUCAAUUUUAUAUGAUCUGUAUGUUGGCCUGUAGAGAAAACUACGUUACCACUUUAAAAGAUCAUUAUCCGUAUAUAUCCAUCACUGUGAAAAAUUUAAUCCUAAUUAAAAUGUAUGUAAAUGUGCAAUAACUUUGUAUAUAUGCUAUCUGCCGCUAUGUGUAUAGAUGUAAAUAGUUAUUAAAAGGAUACUGAACGAUUUCCUUAAGGUAUACGAACAAUAAACAGUUUUAUUCUUUCCUAAAAUAUUAUUUAUUGAUGAUUUUUGUAAAGCUGAUAAGUUGGAACGUCGCUUGUGUACACACGCAAAACAUUUCCCAUUAACCAAGUACAUCUUCAUUAAUCGUAUCAUGCAAGAUCGGAAGCCUACACCUACACACUAGCAAAUAUUUGAAGAUGUAUUUACUUAAUGCAGAUGUUUUGUUGUGGUUAAUUGAACUGAGAAAUGUGUUGUUUCAUUUUAAAGCCAAGUUUACCGAAAUGUUAUUUUUAUCAGCACUUUUUAAAUGAUUUUGUUAUUGCACCCAUUAUGUACAGAAAUAUGUAUCGCCUUUGGGCACGAUAAAAUAUAGCUGUCUUAAAUGAU